GCGAGUCAAAGUGAAAGCAAUAAAGGGAAGCAGGAGCUGCACUUUGCCGACGAGCAUCUCUGCCGUCCUGCUUCACCACAGUCAUCACUGCCCCCUCUGAUCAGCGAGAACACACAGGGACUCCUGCAAAAACGGCAGAGUUCGUCAAUGUAACUCGGGUCAGUCAGAAACUGCGCUGUUCAGCUGGAUAAGUCCAAUCUUGGCAGAAGAGAGAGAGGAAAAAAAAGGAGAGAGUGGAGUGUUGGCGUAAAAUUGUGCAGGAAAAGAGAAGAAUAUGAUGCUCAAGCAGCACUUGAUCUUCAUCCUCUACAGCCUCUGCGCGAGCUUCUUUAAAGUGGCUGGGACAAAAAGCAAAGCGAAAGGGAGCCAGGGUCAGUUCCCCAUCACUCAGAAUGUGACGGUGGUGGAGGGGGGCACAGCCAACAUGACCUGUCGUGUGGAUUACAAUGAUAACACUUCCCUCCAGUGGUCAAACCCUGCACAACAAACUCUGUUCUUUGGGGACAAGAAAGCUCUGAGGGAUCACAGAAUUGAGCUUGUACGAGCCACGUCACAGGAGCUCACCAUCAGAAUCAAUGACGUCAGCCUGUCAGACGAGGGCCAGUAUACAUGCUCACUCUUCACCAUGCCUGUCAAGACAACCAAGGCCUUCCUCACCGUUUUAGGAGUGCCAAGUCGGCCAGAAAUCACAGGAUUUACCAAGCCAGCCAUGGAGGGAGACGAAAUCACCCUGACAUGCAUCACAUCAGGCAGCAAACCUGCUGCCAACAUUCGGUGGUUCCGAAAUGACAAGGAGGUCCAAGGCGCCACAGAGAUCAAUGCUACAGGAAAAUCCUUCACAGUAAGGAGUAGCCUCCUUUUCCAAGUGGACAAACGGGAUGAUGGCGUUGCUUACACCUGCAGUGUGGAGCACGUGUCUCUGUACAAACCCUACAUGACAACUGAAGUCCUGGAGGUUCACUAUGCUCCUCAACUGGAAAUCACACAUUCACUGAUAAUUCCUCAGGAAGGACAAUACUUCAAACUGGAGUGUGUCUCCAUAGGCAACCCAAUACCUGAACCAGUGCUCUGGUCUAAAGAUGGAGGAGAGCUGCCAGACAUUGAGCGUAUGAUUGUGGAGGGCAGAGAGCUUACCAUCACGACACUAAACAAAACAGACAAUGGCACAUAUCGCUGUGAGGCCAGCAACCAUGUGGGAACCAGCUUUGCUGAAUAUAUUCUGUUUGUAUAUGCCAAAGACUUUCCAGGGCCUACAACAGAUCCUAAUGCUUUAGGACAACGUGGACCUGACCACGCUUUAAUCGGCGGUGUUGUUGCAGUCGUGGUCUUCAUCACCUUGUGUUUGAUAAUAGUUCUUGGAAGAUAUCUGGCUAGACAUAAAGGAACAUAUCUAACACAUGAGGCCAAAGGAGCAGAGGAUGCCCCUGACGCUGACACGGCUAUUAUCAAUGCUGAGGGAAACCAUGUGCAUGCAGAGGAAAAGAAGGAGUACUUCAUUUAGACCUCUGGCUUCUUUCUCCUUCGUUUCAAUCUUCAACAAGAGACAUGCAAUUUCAAGCUGCCUCAGUGUUACAACAUGAUCUGGGUUUACUCCUCUUAUCUUUUUCCAGAAAACUCAUGCUUGGUUUAACUUGACUUUAAAAUAGCGUUCUCCUUUUGUAAUCAAUACAAACUAAAGGUUGGAUUAGAUUUUAGUUUUCUGGUGCCUAACCGAGACGUUUUUCUGCAUUUCUUUUGUUGACUGCAUUAACAGGUUUCUCUACUCUCUUAUAUAACUGCAGAAUUUUUAAACACAGAAGAGACGGAAGAUGUGCUUGAUUUUAAGACAGUCAAGGUUGAGUUUUUCAAAGUGUUUUACUGUGAGAACAGAAUAGCUGAAACACAUCAGUUUAUGAAACAUUUACAUAAUCUGACUUUUCUUUCUGAUUUAAGCAAUUGUCCUGGAUGUCUCCUGGAUUUUAUCCUAUCAUAGCCAUAAUGUAUGACAUAACAUGACAGACACUUUGAUACAACAAAACAUAGAAGCACAAUCUAUGCGAUUGUCCCAAAAAGAAACCAUCUCCCUCUUAUGAAGGUGUAUACUCUUACACCCAUUCGUUUUCAGUUGUCUUUUAUCUUGUUAUUUUAUACUAUGAAAGUCGGAAUUUUAAAGCACAAAGUCUGAGGACUAAAAAAAAAAAAAAAAAAAAAAAGAGGGGAAAAUACGAGAACUGUAUCUUGUCUCAGGAUUCAAAAUGAGUCUAGAUGGAGAAAUGGAGUCUGACGUGUUAUAAAGAUUUUGGUCAUCAUAAUGGAUCAGGAAUAUUUGUUUUUUUGGUUGGCUAUUUAAUGUAAAAUCCAAACUGAAUGAGUGGACUUUGUAGGGCUUUAUUAUUUAUGUUGAAUUUUAUUGAACAACAACUAUGCUUAAUGUGUGGAUAUUGCUGUAAAAUACUUUGCUAACGUGAAUAUUUGUGAACAAUAUUGUUGAAUCUUGGGAUCCCUGGCACAUUACGUUUUGUAUAUUAGCAUAUACACUAUUUCAUAUAUUCCACAUCUCAUGACUUUUUUUCUGUAUUUAUCUAACCAGUUUGUUUCGUCACAAGCCAUGUAUAUAGCUGUGAAACAGUAUAUGUUUCCUUACA